UACAGCUCGUUUGUAUUUGUGGGUCGAUGAUCAUGAAGCAUGAUGCUAAACAAAAUGGAAACCAUGAGACUCUCCUCCUCUCUCCUCUCCUCAAUCAAACACAAUUCUCACUCCUCCUCCUCAAUCUCCCACUCUCUCUCUUCUCCUCCCAAACCCAAAUCCACGAAUUUCAUUUCCUUGAAAACCAUGUACCCAGGGAAUUCGAUUCCCCGUGGAAACCGAAAUCUCUCUGUCGUUUCUGCUUCUAAAGCCGACGAUGGAUCUCAGCUUGACUCUCCUUUUCAGGGAGGGGAAUCAUUCUUUAGGAGUGUGUUGGCAAGCAUGGAAGCAGUUUAUUUAAAUAGGAACCCGACGGCUAAAUCAAUCUUGGAGCGUGUCCGUUUAGUGGACAAUGAUCAAAUAUGCUACGAUCAUCUUGCGUUUAGGACAUUUGGGGUGAACGGCUAUGGAAUUGAUUCAAUGGCAAACUUUUUCCUGGAUUUUGGUUACACUCAACGCGAGGAGUUGAGAUUUCCGGCAAAGAAGUUGAAAGCACUAUGGUUUUCUCCUCCCAGUCUUCCUGUUUUUGAUGGUGGCAGCGGUGUUGGUGGGCCCUUGCCUAGGAUAUUUAUCUCAGAACUUCUUGUAGAUGAAAUGAGCCAGCAAGCUCAGGAAAUAAUUAGGAAAUACACCCAAAUAUCAGGUAGUGGAUACAAGCACGCUGCUCUUUCAAGUGCUCUGGGAUCUUUGACGUGGGAAAAGCCCUUAUACUCCGAAUUCCAACUUUUGGCAAGGGAAAGUGAAUAUGCUGCGUGGACUCUUGUCAAUGGUUAUGCAGUCAAUCAUGUCACUAUAUCCACACAUCGGCUGAAAUCUCAUUUGAGGGAUAUCAAAAGCCUCAAUCAAUUUAUAGAGAAGAACGGGUUCAAGUUGAACUCUGAAGGGGGUGUUCUAAAGGUGAGCCCUGAUGGUCUUCUUCUUCAAAGUUCAACUGUAGCAGAUUCAGUCUCUUUCUCUUUUUCUGAUGGUGUCACGGAAUCUGUCCCCUGUUCAUACAUUGAGUUCGCUGAACGGCUCAUUCUUCCUCAAUUCAAGGAUUUGCCAGAAAAGGAGGUUAAGGAAUUCCAUAGGCGAGACGGAUUUGAGGUUGGAAACGCUGACAAGAUCUUUGAGAGUACAUCCAAGGGCCAGUUAACCAGAAAAGCUGGAUGACAAAAAGAAGCUUCAUCCAUGGGUAAAAACUACGUGUGGCCAUGAGAAAAUAAGUCUCAUUCUGUGACAUUUAUCUACUCAACAUAGAUCUGUAUGGAGUGGUCACACUGUAACUUGUAAAAAUUUGCGGGUGUUUUUUUUUUCCCGUUUAACAAAUAAGAGAAUGAACCGUUAAUAUUUGCACAGUUUGUAUGUAUGUUAUAUAAUUUAUAUCAGAUGGGCCUCUUGCCCUUGUGCUA